UGUUUUUAUUUUUUUAAUUUAAAAAAAUGUGUUGCACAUGUCACUGCCUGGAUAGUCUUGGAGGAUAAAUAAUGUGCAGUAUAUUCUUACUAUAAAUGAAAUAUUGGUACUGUAUGCAUAUCCAUUUGUGAUUUGUUUGUUGUGACAGCAUUCUACAGCAUACAGAGUUUUACUUACUGCAAUCAAAGCUUCACAAAGCUACUCUGAGGAAUUUGUGAUAAUUUCAAUAAAAUUUCAUGAAAAAAACAUGUAAAAGUGACCAGAUUCCCUUUGAGAGCAAACAGCCUGCUAAGUGAUGUCUAACGUAACAGCAUGAGUAUGUCAGCAUUCUAACAAGAUUAACAGCAGUGACAAUAUACACUUUAAAGAGUACAGUUACUUAUGUGGUGUAGUUAAUUGAGCUGGAUCACUUAAUGUCCCUGGUUUGACAGUUUAUUUCCAUAUGUACAGUGUGAUACUGUUAAACAUCACCUCUUCUCCAGACAUAGCUGGCUAAUUUAGCUGCACUAUGGGUAACAGUCUUGAACAGUCUGUAAAAUCUUGCAAGGGUUUAAAUUGUACAAUUUGUAUUACAUAAUGUAUACUAAUAUGUAAUGCUUGAUGUCUCUGUCAAAUGUGCAAAGCGUCAGAUAAACUGCAGCUAAACUGGAUGUGUAGACCUGCCAUUUUUAAAGUAGAUUUAGAAGAAUUCUGCAUAAAGCAAAAAAUUACAGGCCUGGACCCAUACUGACAUAUUUAUUAUUACAUCCAUCUCAGCAGCUUGCCGGUUGUUUGAUAUAUAAACCUUAAAGUUGUUGUUGAUGUCAGGGUUGUGUAUGCAGUGUUUUCUCUAAAAUUAUGUGGAAUUCACCAACCAUUCACUCACCUCUUUAAAGUCUGAGCAGGCAUUUAGCAAAAUGAUGACUGACAUUAAAAGUCCAACCCCACUAUUAUACUUGCAAACUUGUCAAUUAGGACUGUCUCAAAAACAUCUAGUGCUAGGUCAGUGCCCAAAAUGUGGAAGGGUUUUUUUACAAGGACUGUUCCCACAACCAAAAUGCUUUGUCACCUGAUACUUUUAGUUUCCGUGUGCAUGUUCUUGUGUAACAGGAAAUUUCAGCAGUGGACAUGGUCUUUCCCAAGCAUUCCACUGUGCAGGCCCUUAGUGUGAUUCUUUUGGCCUGGAGUUUGGUGCGUUGCCAGUCCACUCUUGAGCAAGAGGAAGAAGAGGAGGAGGAGAUAAUCAGGGAGGCAAAUAUGACGACAAAAUCUGAGCCAGUACAAUGUCCUCCAGACUGCAGCUGUACAACAGAGGGAGCAGUGGACUGUGCUGGAGUUGACCUUACAGACUUUCCGGCUAAGCUGUCAGAGAAAACCAGCCAGCUCUCUCUUCAGAACAACAAAAUCAAGGAGAUAACAGAGGAGCACAUUUUCCAUCUGACUCAGCUUGAGACUCUUAACCUUCAGAACAAUUGGCUCACUACUGAAGGUCUUCAAGAUGAAGGUUUUGAGAUGCUUGAAAAACUGGCUUAUUUAUACUUGGCAAAUAACAGGCUCACUUCAGCACCAAAGGUUUUACCACCCUCUUUGGUAAGCGCUGACUUUGCUGCCAAUCAGCUUACAAAGAUCUAUCCUUAUACAUUUGGACAUAAACCAAAACUAAGGUCUGUGUACCUACAUAACAACAUGCUGACUGAUGCAGGGCUUCCUGACAACAUGUUCAAAAUGUCUGACAACCUGGAAAUCCUCACCAUGUCAAGCAACUUUCUGCGAGUUGUGCCUAAAAGCUUUCCAUCCAGCCUGUACCGUCUUCACCUGAAGAGUAACAAGUUGGAGAAAAUCCCAGCAGGAGCUUUUGACAACUUGCAAAACCUCAGAGAAUUGUAUCUCCAGAACAAUCUUCUAAGCAACGAGGGCAUGGAUAAUGAGACUUUCAGCCAACUGACCAGCCUGGAGUGUCUGGACUUGUCCAAUAACAACCUGACUGUCGUCCCCAAAGGUCUGCCUCGUAAUCUAGUGCUUCUGCAUCUUGAGAAGAACGCCAUUCGCAGCAUCCCAGGAGACGCUCUUACAUCAGUUCGAAAUCUUGAGUACCUGCUUCUUCACAAUAACAAGCUCCGCUCACGUUCCAUUUACCCAACUGCUUUUCAGGGUUUAAAAAAGCUCCAUACUCUUCACAUGUACAACAAUUUGCUGGAGCGGAUUCCCAGAGGCUUGCCACGACGAGCAAAGACCCUAAUGCUGCUCCACAACCACAUUUCUGAAAUUGGCCGCAAUGACCUGGCCUUGCUUUACAACCUGACAGAGCUCAACCUCAGCUACAACAAGCUGAGCACCUACAAAGUGCACCGUGAAGCCUUUAGGAAGCUACGUUUGCUGGAAACCUUGGACUUGUCAGGGAACAGCCUUCACUCCAUGCCCCUAGGUCUUCCUCGCAGCCUGCAGGUGCUAGAAAUUAAAAACAACAAACUCAGCUCUGUUCCGGAUGGCGCUCUAACAGGCAUGGAAAAGUUACGGAAGCUCAUCUUAAGCAACAACCAACUGAAACUGAACUCAGUCUACCAGGGAGCCUGGAUGGAGCUCACUGCACUCACUACUCUAGACUUGUCCGGCAAUCAGUUGUCACACAUCCCAUCUGACCUGCCUGAGGCUCUGGAGUAUCUUUACCUUCAACAUAACCGCAUUGCUAGCGUCCCAGCUUCUUCAUUUGAGGGCACACCAAACAUCAAGUCCAUACAUCUUCGGUUUAACCGCUUGACUGUUGACUCUGUGGACGAGAGCGCUUUCACACACUUGUCCAACUUGCAAGCGCUAGACCUUGGCACAGGAAAUCUUGACCUAGAGUUAAAAACAGACUUAGAAGGUGAUAAGAUGAUAGAGGAACAGCAUGACUCAUAAAAUAUGAUCUCUGAAACUGACAUUGGACUGCACUAUGUCAAUGACAAAGAUUUUUGAAUGAACCCGUGAAUUCAAUUGUCAGGUGUCAGCUGGGCUACAGUAAGUGGCAGACACAUGGUUCUGGUGCAGGAUACCGGAUGAAGGAACUUUAAAUUCCAUUAUAUGGGCUGGAUAAUUCUACAAUUCUUUAUGUCUAUGCUUUAAUAUUUGUUUUUUAAAGGUUGACUAACAUAUGCAUUUAUCAUCACUAUUGUGUGUUUGUGCUUCAUAAUAAAAAAUGCAUUUUCCAAA